AUGUUUCGGUUGCAGCCUUUUGACUCAAUCAAGAGUCUAGAAGGAAUUGAUCCAAAGGUUCUGAUUGAUGUCAUUGGUCGUGUGGUGCAUAUCUUCUCACCAUUGGAUAAGCUUAUCAAUGGGAGGCCUUCUAAACUCAUUGAUUUUGUAAUAGAGGAUUUAAAGGGCAUUCAACUGAAAUGUACUGUAUGGGAUCAGCAUGUGGAAAAGGUCAUUCCCUUUUGCCAAUAUGACUUAAAAGAACCAGUCAUUGUGCUUAUUCAAAUGUGUAGGGUUAAAGUGCCAGAAAAUAGUGGAGAAGUCAAAAUUUGUAGCUCCUAUGAUGCAACCCAACUGUUGUUUAACCAUGAAUGUGAUGAGUGUACUGAUUUCAGAGACAGAUUAUGUAAUCAACCAACUCCUCUGAAGAGCAUCACCUCAAAUUCCAGCCUUAGUUAUUCAACUUACACUUUGGGUGAUCAAAGCAGUUCUAAUAUGGUAUUUAGUACCAUUUCUGAACUGUAUGAAAGAAGUGAGACUGGGGAAUAUUGGGUGCCAUGUAUUAUUCUGGAGCUAGAUUGUAAUUUCAUAGACUGGUAUUAUCUCUCUUGCAUUUCUGGUAGGUGUAAUAAAAAGGUUGAUCUAAAGGGUGGGAUGUAUGUCUGUGGUAAGUGUGGAACUCACUGUGAUACACCUAAGUUAAGAUACAAGAUAAAACUUAGAGUCUAUGAUGCCAAAGGUAGUGCACCAAAGAUAAAACUUAGAGUCUAUGAUGCCAAAGGUAGUGCACCAUUCUUACUUUGGGAUCGUGAGGCACUUGAGCUAUUGGGGGGCAUCACAGCUGAAGAGCUUAAGGCUAUGCAGCCAAAGGUAACCAUCACAGCUGAAGAGCUUAAGGCUAUGCAGCCAAAGGUUCCAACCAAAAUCCCUAAAGAGAUUGUAUCAUUGGUUGGUAGAGGAAUGCUAUUCAAGAUAAAUAUUGAGAGGGAUCGGUUAGAGAAGCGCAACCUUGCUUUUCCAGUCAUGCAAAUCAAAGAAGACAUUGCAGUGGUGAACGAGUAUUGUCCUGGUAUGUUGAAGGUUACUAAUCAGAAGCCAACUAAUUCCUAUGAGCAAUUGGAUGAUGACUUUGAUUCUGAUGAGGGCUUUUUUUUUUCUGAUGAAGAGGCUGAAAGUCCUCUUCCAAAUCCAUUAACUCAAGUGUCUAAAGGUGGUGCCAAUGAUAGUGAAGCAUUAACUCAAGUGUCUAAAGGUGGUGCCAAUGAUAGUGAAGCAGUUAAAAGGAGGCUUUUGGACGAGUUCUCAUCCACCCAGGUUUCAAAGAAGAAGACACACACUGUGUUCUCAUCCACCCAGGUUUCAAAGAAGAAGACACACACUGUGCUUAUCAAGGUUGAAAAAGAUAGUGAAUUAGCAAUUGACCAAAACUCACAGAACAUUGAGAUCUGA